AUGAAUUAUAAUCUCAAAAUAUUUAGGUUGCUUAUGACACUUUCGCAAGUAAUAGUUUUGUAGAAAUGGGAGCUAAUCGCUAAUGUGUUGGUUCAUUCAUGCCUUUAGAUAUCACAUCAUCACUAUAAGGGCCAGCUUGGAUUUUGGGUGAAACUUUCCUUAGCAAAUAUUAUUCUGUUUAUGAUAAAAAAUAGAGAUGGUUUUGCCAGAGCAAAGUGA